UGGGAGCCAUUCUAUUUCUACUGAUUGUGGGUCGGUCAAUUUUCUGCUUUUUAUUUGACCAACACAUCGAGUCUGUUUAAAAGAUUUAACAUAUGCAUGUGUGCAGUUCAACUUGUCUUUAUGUCUUCAUUUAGCGCUACUCAAGGACCAAGGAGCAAGAGUUACUAGAUGUGCGAAUGGCUUUACUCAGCCGUAUUCCAAUCCAGGGUUUCUGAAUUGUAUUGACAUAGAUGAGUGUGUUGAGAACCAACAUUUUUGUGGGCAACGGGGAAUCUGUGUCAAUCAGGUGGGUAGCUACCUGUGCAAGUGUCCCACAGGAUUCAGUAACUACGGCAACAGACAAACUCAGUGUGCAGAGCUUAAUUGUGACCAGUAUGAAACACAGCCCGGACAGACUCUACCAGGCUUUGAUAGUUUCUUGUCUCUGUUGAGAAACAACUGUUUGGUGUUGAACAACUCUACGUUGUCUGGACCUACAAGACCGCUGUCAACUGGAGAUGGGCUUUUGACAGUAAGUUACCACACAGAAACACACAUCCAAACGCACACACACACGUACAAAACCCUUAUGUCUGUCUUCUCUAGUUACUGGUUAAUACCACAGAUGUUCUUCAACUAGACCUCCAGUCCAAUGGUCACCGUAGUAGCAGUGAAGUGACUAAGUUACUGAGAACCAUUGAAAUCUCGAUCAGACUGAUCGCUCCACUGCUGACAGAGAACAUGACCAGGAUAGAGACCAACCUCACAGAGGUUGAGAUUAUGGUGAGGAGAGACAAGACUCCACCUAAAGGACCAGUCAGCCUGACCAAUGAGAACACUCAACUUGACACCACCUGGGAGACGGUGGUCGGAGAUGACCAGAAUUACCCAGGGUUUGCGUUUGUUGUUCUGCUCAGCUAUAAGAAUCUGGAUAGUCUGAAGGACAGCACUUCUCAUCAGAGCCAGCAGCUCAUGUCCAGUGCUGCGACGGUGUCCGUUAGCAACUCCAACACAACAAACCUGCCCCAACCGGUUAAUCUCACUUUCAAUCACCUGCAGUCCAGUGAUGUUGACCCCACCUGUGUUUAUUGGUCGGAUGAGAAUGGACCGGGGGUGUGGUCUGGGCGGGGUUGCACCUCAGUGAUGUCAAACUCCAACCAAACAGUGUGCUCCUGCAACCAUCUCAGCACAUUCGCUCUGCUGAAGGGAAUCCAUCAGAGAAAGGGAAGCGGGCAGCUGUCGUUGGUGAUGUGGGUGGGUGUUUUUGUGGCACUGACCUGUGUGGUCCUGUCCCUGAUCACAACCCUGUGGUGUCGCUUUGUCAGCCGCAAACGUCGUGGAGGACACCGGCGGCAACAGGAUGUACAGCUACAUAGAAAAUAAGACAUGGAUUUGAACUAGUUGUGUUCUAAGAAAAGCUUUACUUGGAAUCCAUUUGUCACAUUGUCUCUUGGCUUGCAAGGACAUCCAAAUGGCAGCAUUUUUUAUUUAAUUAAGUAUUAUAAAAAUGUAUCAAACAAACAAAAAUAUAAGAACACAACUUUAUGUGAAUAGAUAUACAAUAUCUCAUGUAUAGAACUCUUAUCAGUUCUGGAGUGUAACAUAUGAGCUCUUAUCUAUAUGUCAAAAAAGUCAUUUUAGGCUCAUGAGUUUGGCCUAUAAUUUGUAGCAUGAAUUUUCCUAGAAUAGUGGUAUAUCCACCCAACGCUGCAUUUGUCAAGUAUCAAGCCAUUUUGUUGUUGUUGUAACUAUUUUCUGAGACCUAAUAUUUUGCUCCAAUCUGAUUCAAAUAUCUAAAUACAAUCGGUCCCUUUCUUCAUCAAUAAAGCUAA